UUACAGUCACGUUUAUAGUCACCGGCCGACCGUACGUACGGACGUUAUAUACGCGCGCGCGUCCUCGUUCUCGUCCUCGCCAUCGUCGUCGUCGUCGUCAUAAUAAUAGUAACAGUGUGAUAUUCUCUCUCGCUCAUCAUUCGAGAGUGUUCACGUGGUAUUAUUGUCGUGUACAAAUUUUUUUCUCAUUCCAUCGUUAGUUAAUUUUUUUUUCGAUCUCGAACCACGCAGCGUGUGUCCGGUCGUCUCUAGCACGACAGAUUGUUCUUGAUUUUUUCGACCGAGUGACGCGCAUUGCGUUUCGUUUUCGUUUCACGGCCGCGACAAAAAGUGUUUCGACAAUACAGUAAUAUAAUAAUUAAUAAUACAUUGUACAGUGCGCUAAGGGUGGUUUUUCGUCGUCCGCGGGCGCCCGCGGUUGUGUGUCGUGCGCGUGAGAUGCGUCGUCGUCGUCCGUCGUCGUUGUCGUCGUCAUCGUCGUCAUUUACGUCGUCCGUCGUCGUUAUUCGCACCGGUGUGACGCGAUCCGUGUGAAAUGUUGAUGAUGAUGGACUGCAGCAACAGGAAGCCGCCGGCGGACUUGUCAUCCGGCGUUGUCGUAACGGCCGCAUCGUCACCGGAGCUGGCGGUUGCUGGCACGUGGCACCCCCACGUGUAUGGCAACCCCCCCAGGACGCCCACUGCUCACAACGUGGCCGACAUACUCGGAUGGACCAAGGCCGGCACGGACGAACAGCCCCUGAACCUGUCGACGGCCAAGCGGCCAAACGGCACCGUGCUUGACCUGACUAAGAUCAAACGCAAAGCGGACGUAAUACCCACGACUGCAGUGAUGUUAAACAACAAUAACAACAAUAACAACAACAACAACGGCAUCGGUAGUCAUCUACAACAGCAUCACCAUAAUCAUUAUCUUCAUCAGCACCAACAUCAUCAUGUUCAGUCGUUGCCGUCUACUACGCAGAAUAAUAACAUGACGGCGACAGCAGUGGCUACAACAACAACAACAGCGGCGGCGUCGGCGGCUAUAGCCGCCACAGUCACGGCAACGGCCGCUCCACCACCGGUACGGAAGAAGUCGCGGAAAGAUGUGCCGCCAUCGUCGUCGCCGGGUCUACUUGUGAGCUCGUCUUCCGGUUCGCCGGCUGGACAGCUGGCUGGAGAGAGUGACGGUGGCCACUCGUCCGACGGUUGUGGUGACCGGAAGCGGAAGAAAGCGCGGACCACGUUCACCGGUCGGCAGAUAUUCGAGUUGGAAAGACAAUUCGAGCUGAAGAAGUACCUCUCGUCGUCCGAACGAUCCGAAAUGGCAAAAAUGUUGGGCGUCACCGAGACACAGGUGAAGAUCUGGUUCCAGAACAGGCGGACAAAGUGGAAAAAACACGACACCGUGACAACGACGGAAUCCGCGGACCCGGCGACGGCUGCCGCCGCCGCGGCAUCGGCGGGACUCGGCGGCGGAGGCGGACUUGCCAAGUGUUCGCCAAAGGCCGCAGCCGGCGUCAAGUUUCUCAGCGAGGGCGACGACCACUCUUCGCUGGAAGACUCGGAGAGCUGCUACAGCAGCGUGGACGCGGCCGAGUCCAAGGUGGUCACGGCCCGGACGCCCGAAUCGCUGCCACCCACGUCGCCGACGACGGACAACGAGACCGCGGCCACGGCCACUACGACGACCGCCAUGGCAAGGGCGCCCAGUUAGAGGGAAAACCCCAGUCGUUUUUCUCAAAAUAUCAUAAAUAUUUAUGACACGAUCAAAUAUAAACGAACAGAUCGCUAUUGGAUGUAAUAUUGUGUUUGUUUUUCGUUUUUUUUUUUUUUUGCUAGACGCGCGCCGCGGUGCGUGUAAUAAUAAUAAU